AUGGACUUCUCCUUCGACGCAGUAGCUUCCAAGUGCGCUCACCAGAUGGCGCAGUACCAGAACUGCGUGCAGGCAAACGUGAACGGUGACUGGAGUGCCAUCUGCCGCGAACAGGGUCGUGCACUGACCAGGUGUGCUGACGAGAGCGUCCCAUACCUCGCUGAGAUGAAGCGGGCAUGCUUCACCCACAUCGAGGCAUACCGUACCUGCCUGGACACUCACGGGUCCAAGCCGGACGACGUGAUUGAGGCCGAGUGUGGAGACAAGCUCAAGAAGCUGUGGGAAUGCACCGACAAGACGAAGAACGAGAUUGACGCGAGGAAGGAGACAAAGUAG